GAUAUCAUGAGAGGGACAGAUUGUAAGUCCUCUUCCAGCGCUCCCACUUCACACAGGAAAAGAUCGUUCCAAUACUACGGUUCCGCCCAGUAUACUACUAAGGGUAUCAAAGUAAAAGGUUCAUCACCGCGUUCAGCUUCGUAUCAGAUAACUUAUUACUUCUAUUUCCCUUGCCUAUCAUCUUUUUCUUUUACUAACAUGUUAAAUCGUCUGUACAGGGAAUAUGAACUUACCGUCAGGCAGGAGCCAAAACAGGCCCGUAUGUGUGGUGUAGGAGCUGACCGACGUCCAAUCGACCCACCUCCCAUCAUUCAACUUCGUGUCAUCGACCCACAAACUCGUCAACCUCCUUCUCCAGCUCGUUUAGAUGGCGAUGAUUCAGACCCAAGCUAUGCUCACAGCUUCCUUCAAAACCCUUAUUACUUCAUGUUUGCAAGCCUGGCAAAACCUGACGACGACACAGAACUACACUGGCUAAAGGAUGGGAAAACACGGUGUACGACAGGUUCAGUUGUCUCGUCCCUCUACCACCUCAAAGAUACCGAAAAUCGCAACGAGGAUGCUGGCUUUUUUGUUUUCCCCGACCUAAGCGUUAGAACUGAGGGUUCUUAUCGUUUGAAGCUCAGCCUCUUCGAAGUCGUCGGCAACACCGUUCGCCACUGUAAAUCAAUAUACUCUGCACCAUUUUAUGUUUACACUGCAAAGAAAUUCCCCGGUAUGGAAGAGUCCACACCUCUUUCAUGUUCGCUAGCCGACCAAGGCAUCAAGAUCCGGAUCCGCAAAGAUAUCCGUGUUCGCAAGCGUCCUAUCGCUGCACUCGCUGCUCCAAUCGAUACCGAGAACAACAAUAAUGAAGAAGAUGAAAACGAUACCCCGGUUUCUGCAGUUGCUUCUACCGGUCAUUCCAAACGUCCUCGGCACGGCACAGUGUCUUCCAAUGGCGCACCAGACUUGCAGACUCCUACCGGGUCACUAGUAGGACUACCCGCAUGGCCAUCAUCAACGAGCUUAGAUCCUAUGCUAGGUGCUCCAAGUGCACCGGGUGGUGUCGAACUUCCUGCGCCAACUCACCCUGCAUCUGCUCCUCCAGGUGGGGCCAUUCCACCACCUCGCGGCGCCAGCUAUGAAAGCUCGCGUCUGGGAGGCUCCAUACCCCCGCCACCUGGGGCGCAACUGAUAGCCCCGCCUGCAGCAGCCGCGUUUGAGAAUUCCCGCACCGCACCGCCAUCCAUUCCAUCUACGUCCUCCGCCGUCCCUCAACGGCAAACUAUGCACCCUCCUGCGCAGACUGCACCCUUUUCAUCAGCUGCCCCCGUGUUUAACUCGCAAGGCAGGAUAGCAUACGAGGCUCCCCGCACUUCCACAUUUGAUUCUCCACGGUCUGCUUACGAAGGCGGUCCCAAUCAACGACCGCCGUUCGAGACUUCAAGAGGAGCAUAUGAACAGCCAGAUCAACGGGGAUACGAAAGCUCACGAACAGCGUAUGAUCCUCCGUCGCAGCGCACUGCUUAUCCAUCCGGUU